AUGUUCGCUACAAGACUAAACUUGAUAAAGAAUACGCCAAAGAUACUCGUUGACGCUUCAAAGUCAUUGCCAGAAGCUCCAGCUCAGCGUUUAAAGGCUUCAACGAGAAUAACGGGAUUGGCAGUACACCCAGAUCCGUUAUCCGCACUCGCAGAGACUUAUUCAAGUACAUUAUCAUUCUUACAGCAAUUCCCGUCUUCUUCCGUGUACAAGAAUAGCGUUGAGGCACUCACGAAGCAGCGUUUGAGCAGAGUGGUCAGCGCGAACGACAAAGGCGUUAGCCCAGAAGACGUGGAGGCUAACAGCAACUCAGAAUACUCUGAUUUGUUGGGUACACCGCCUGUACAGUUGGAGGAAGUUUUAGUUGAAGCUGAGAACGAGCUUGGUUUGGCAGCAAAGAUGUUUGAAUGGAAAGCAUGGGAGCCACUCCAAGUACAGCCACCAAAGGAUCAAUGGAAGAAUCCUUUCAGCGUCGAUACUUCAAAAUCUUUGAACGAAUAA